CGCAGCUAAGCGGCUAGAGUGUGGUUGGCAGUCUCCUCCCCUGCCUGAGCUUCAGCCCUGGCUAGUGUGCACUCUGGAAUGACAGGCAUUCCUGCUUGAAGGGAGCUGGCAUGGACGCUUAUUUAUGAGAAUCACAAGUGCCUGGGCCUGGGAUACAGGAAGAACAGGAGCUGCGGUGGAUUGGCUGACACCCAGGCUAUUUCCUGAGUUCUGGCAGUCCCCCGGUCGCAAGGCUCUGGAUUUCCCCCCACCCUCCAGUGUGGAUUUAUCUCUUUUAAAAAAGGCUAUCGUACUCUCCCAGGGUAGUGGUGUGUGGUCCCCCCGACCCCCGCGCCGCCUUCAGAGAGCUACUUUGAAAAGAAUCUAAGCAUGGGGCAGACACUGUUCUCGAGACCAGUAAAUCCAGCUGCAUUCGCUGAGGAAGUGGAUCAUCCACCAUCUGACAUGGGGAUGGGGGCUGAUGUUCUGGAAUCUGGAGACACCACACCCCCCACCAAGAGGAAAAGCAAGUUCUCCGGCUUUGGCAAGAUUUUCAAACCUUGGAAGUGGAGGAAAAAGAAAAGCAGUGACAAAUUCAAGGAGACUUCAGAAGUUUUAGAACGAAAGAUUUCUAUGCGAAAGCCAAGAGAGGAGCUGGUUAAAAGAGGGGUUCUGUUGGAAGACCCUGAGCAGGAUGGAGAGGAACCAGACAAACUCAGCCAUACUGCGUUGAAGAAUGGGCAUACAGUCCCCAUUGGUGGUUCUGGGAUGUCAAACCUGGCCCACCUGGAGGAAGAGGUUGGGAAGAAAUCAAGUCUUAGAAAGUCUGUUCCAGUUGAGGAACCAAAGAAAAGACCAGGCUCAUCCAGUAGCAAUCCCAGUUCAGAAAUGGAGCCUCCUCAUGAGCCGCAUGCACCCAAACAGCCUUUGCUUCCUCCGAAAAGACCCUUAUCCUCUUCUCAGGAGGCAAGUGAUGUGCAGGCGAGGGAUCCUGUCCCUGCCAGCCGCACUACAAGGACUGCAUCCUCCUCUACUGUUACUGCCGCCACCAGCAUAGCAAAGACGGUCAAUUCCACAGUCGCCCCUUGCCCAGCCCCCAGGACUGUGCCCCCUGCUCUUGCCAGCACUAACACUACUGCUACCACAAGUACAACCAGCGUGGUGCCUGCCAAACAGCCCCCCAUCCCGCCCCCGAAGCCGGUGAACAGAAAUAGCAACCCUUUAAUAGCUGAACUGUCUCAAGCAGUGAACAGUGGUAUGGGCUCAUCAAAGCCUUCCCCGCCCCUACCACCCAAGAGAGGCAUUCCAUCGAACAUUGCACCCUCGCUGGAGUCAACUGCUGCCUCGAAACCACCAAGCGAUAGGGUAGUGACAGCUACUCGUCCCGCAUCGAUACCAGUGCAUAUCACCGUGUCUCACCCACCACCGUCGCCUUCUCCGCCCUUGCCCAGCCACGUACCUCCCGAGCCCCCGCGCACGCCCCUGUCUGCCUCCAGCCCUGCGAUGGAACCCCAGCUCUCCUUGGAACUGCCCAAGGAGACCCCUCCACAGGAAGAUCUCAGGUCACUGGAAGUGCCCAAGCGGGCGACAGAGCAGGGGUUCGGAGAACCUCACGUGCCAACGCGGCUGCCCCAGAUCCCACUGCACAUCCGGAUCCAGCAGGCGCUGACAAGCCCCCUGCCCGUUACCCCACCUGCAGAGGGGUCGCACAGGGCUCACUCGCUGCUCUUCGAAAACGACAGCCUCUACGAGGACAACGGCACCCCGGGCCGGGCCAGGUCGCUGCCAGUCACCAUUGAGAUGCUGAAAGUUCCAGAUGAUGAUGAAGAGGAGGAGGAAGCAGACCAGGAGGGCGAACGGAGUUCAGGUCCUCACGUUUACAUUGGAGAUGCACCAUCUGUCACGAUCAUUCCUAGGCUAAUGCCACAGCCCCUGCAGGAGGAAGAGGAGGAAGAAGAGGGGAUGAGUGAUUCGGACUCGGAGGGACCCAUCCUGUAUAAGGAUGAGGAGGAUGAAGAGGAAGAUGAAAGCCAUAACAGCGCUCUAGCUAACAAGGUGAAGAGGAAAGAUACACUGGCCAUGAAACUGGGCAUCACGGCCACCCAGGAGGAGCUGGAGGAAAAGAAUGCUUUCCCUCGGAAGAGCAAGGAGGAGUGGAAUGAAAUUCGGCAGCAGAUUGGGACAGCGCUGAUCAGGCGACUAAGUCAGAGACCAACAGCAGAAGAGCUGGAGCAAAGGAACAUACUUCAGCAAAAAAAUGAGGCUGACCGGCAGGCUGAGAAGCGGGAGAUUAAACGCCGCCUCACCAGAAAGCUUAGUCAAAGGCCUACAGUGGCUGAACUGCAAGCUAGGAAGAUCCUGAGGUUUCAUGAAUAUGUGGAAGUGACAGAUGCUCAGGACUAUGACCGGAGAGCAGAUAAGCCGUGGACAAAACUCACACCUGCUGACAAGGCUGCCAUCCGAAAGGAACUGAAUGAGUUUAAAAGUUCUGAAAUGCAAGUCCAUGAAGACAGCAAACACUUCACACGGUUUCAUCGGCCAUGAUCCUCCAAAAGAGGGAGUGAGCGAGACCAGAGGAGAGAGAAUUGAAAGCGCAUGCUAUCUCCAUCUCCUGGACAAUAUAGUGGGAGAGAACCUUGGGGCUCAUCCAAGCUUUGCCUUGAAAACAUACCCAGAAAAGGGCUCUGAGCUGGGGCGCAGGGGGAUCCUAUCUGAAUGUAGCAUUUCACUGGAACAAACGCAUCUCGAGUGCCAUCAGGCUGGAACUGAACACUAUACCUCGCAUGAUACAGCAAUACUCCCCAUGGCAUCCAGGCAUCUCGGCUCGCCUUCCUGGGGACCACACCCGCAUUGGAACUGAGCUCUUCCACCACUCCCCCAGCUCCCUUUAUUGCUCCCGCGGGAUGGGCCUGUUCUCCACUGUAAAUAGUCCUUAUGAACUGGUUGGAAGUUUCUCUUUUUCCCUUUUUGGUAAGGGGGAAAAAAUAAUCUAAGCUCUGAUAUUCCAGAGAGCUGGGAAGCAUGUGUGUAUAUUUGCUGUGUACAAAGGAAACCUUUUACAAAAAUGCUGUCCUGGCAGGAAACUGACAUGUGACUAUUUUUGGUUUUGCUUGCUUCUUUUUAAUGUACUUAAUAUUCUGAAUCACUACUGACCAAUGGUAUGUUGCCCUGGAAGGGAAAUGUAUAGAUCUUAACAACAUAUGCUGCAUCUUGUAAACUUAAUCUUUUAUUUUACAAAAACCAAACCCACGAACCUGCUCCUGUGCUAACAGACCUUGUCUUGAGACAAUUAAGUCUUGUUUAACAGGAGCUACAGACACAGGAAAUGACGGUUGCCUUUUAAAGUUUUGUUUUUAAUUUCAGGAAGUUGUGGCAUGUAAUAAGUUUUCUUUGAUUGUGAUUUCCUCUAUUUUUGUUUUUUACUCUCCCAAAUCAGGGUGAAACUUGCCUUUUCCUAUUCUCAUAGCGAAACCUACUGGAAAUUCUGAGAAUUACACUGUGGAGGGGAAGAGGUUUUAAAAAGUGACCUUAAAACCAGUCAGUCUUCUGAGAAUGUUCUCUUAUCAGUUCUUACUGAAUGUUUUUAAUGCUGACAUAAGCUACUGCUGUAGUGAUGUGCACAGCACUUGUCCCUUGGGGGUGAAGUGACACUUGGAAUGAGGCAGGGGAGAUGUUACUCAAGAAUAUGGGGGAUUGGGGAUUUUACCGGGGGGUGGACGGUUCUGUAUUGUUGGAUCACUGGCGUGUUUUGUUCGUGGCUUAUUCACUCUCUUUGCUGGAGGUCACUCUCAGCUUGUGCCGACUAGCAGUCAGCAUUAGUGUGCUUGAGGUCUGCACUCAUGAAUCCUAUGUAUGCCUGCCUAGUGUGGAGGCCUUUUCAUGUUCUUGGUACUGCCCUUCUUCCAUGAUGUGCCAAGUAUCUGCUGGGCCAGUCCUACGGGGUGUAAUGUGGCACCCUCAUCUGCUGCCUUCACACCCCAGGAGAUCCAGUUAAUCCUUGUUUCAUCUCAGUCUUCAUACUCUUAGUGCAAGGAGUCACUGGGGAUAAUUUCUUGUUUCUUCAGGGUUCCCUCACUGUCCCCCAAAACAAUGAUUCACAAGCAAGAGGCAAAGAUUGAAGUUCCCUUUAUAGAAAACAAUAUGGAACUGGUGCAUUGUACUUCCGGAUAGCUUCCCUGAUGUACAAAUUCUCUGUAGAGUAAAUGAUUGCAUUGUAUAUCUGUCUUCCUGUUGACAAAUUUUAAUUAUUAAAUAAAAGUAUUUUAGGACUUUUUU